AAUCCAGUCGUUCUUUCGUUCUGUGCUUGUUGAAUUUCCCAAUUAAGUCGAAAUGAAAGCUAGGUGGGAACAUCGGUAUAUAAAGAUGUUAGUUUUGUAUCAGCCAAGAUGUAAAAAAGGCAUUAUCAACUCGUAUGCUUCCUUCCUCUUGCAAGAUCUAUUGUGAACACCAUUUGUCCUUCUGAGAAUAUUGGAAAGUCCAUCAUCUCCCAUGGCAAAAGAUCAAUACCUCGCUGGAAAGCUUGCGCUAGUCACUGGUGCCAGUAAAGCUAAUGGCAUUGGCGCCGCGGUUGCGUACCUUUUGGCUGAGCAUGGUGCAGAUGUUGCCAUAACCUACAAUAAAAAUGCCACCGCCGCAGAGGAGACAACCAGCCGGAUCAGAAAGCUAGGCGCCAAGGCUGUUGCUAUACAAGCCAACCAAUCAUCUGAAAGUUAUGGCGAAGCCUUAAUCAACCUGGUGCUCAAGACGUUUGAUACUACUACGAUCGACAUCAUCGUCAACAACGCGGGCACCAGUAUACCUUCCGCCGGAAUCGAGCAGACGCCUAUAUCAGACUUUGACGCCCACUUUCUCACCAACGUCCGUGGACCCUGGCUGCUCAUCCAAGCCGCGAUCCCCCACCUCCCGUCCCCUGGCGGCCGCAUCGUCAACGUCGGCUCCAUCCUCUCUAAGAACGGCAGCAUGUACCUGCAGCUCUAUUCCGGCUCCAAGGCAGCGUUGGCGACUCUUAGCCUUGCGUGGGCGGAGGAGCUGGGUCCGAAGGGGAUCACGGUCAAUACGGUAUCACCGGGACCGAUCGGUACGGAUCUGGCUGCGGAGGAGGGUCAUCCGUUGAUGCAGAAGUUUCGAUGGGAGCAGUAUAUCAAGAGGAGCGGGGAGACGGAGGAGGUGGCUGCUGCGAUUGGGUUUUUAGCGAGUCCGCAAGCGUCGUUCAUUACGGGGCAGAACCUUAUGGUUGAUGGAGGGUUGAUUUAUCAAUAAGCACUCAUGUUGUUGUAUGGCUAGUUGCAAAUGCAGUAUGGAGUCUUGUCUUACCAAUUUCAUGACCUGACUCGCUAGGCUACUAGUCUCUUACCUUCUCAGAAUACAAUACCUCGAAACCACCCAGCGAAACGAUCCAAGACAGGCGCAGUCUAAAGACCAACGGGGUUAUGCUGUUCUACUUAGCAACACGCUCCCGAACAAUGACUUCACAAUAACAGUUCCGUAGAGCAAGCCCCUGAAUGUCGAAAAGACGCCAUGAGCCGGUACUACGACCAUUC